UCGACGCUAGAAUGUUGUUUCUCUGUGUAGUUGUAACUGCCUGCCUUGGUCUUCAAGUUAAGGGAGAGGUUGUAUCCGCUCCCGACUCCUACGAUUUUGUAAUAUCCUCGGAGGCCCAGUUGUCGUUGCUAAAGUUGAGAGAAACCCAAGUGAACAAUCUUCAGAGCUAUAAAAAAGUUUUACAGAUGCACUUACAGAAAAUUCGGCGAGUUAUAAGGCAAUCUACAGAUCUGUUGAAACAGACGACCAAUUUUCAUCGUAAUUUAAUUUUUGGGUAUAAGGUUCUAAGGCACAUACACAAUGAUUGGCCCCAGUAUUUCAGACUGUUAAAGAAAGAUCUUGGCAUUGAGCAGAUUGGGAUUUCUCAGAAGUUGUUAACACAGCAACCAACUUCUGUGGACUUUGAGGAAUUAAUGGGUGCAAUGCGUAGACUUCAAACUGUGUACGAUUUGGACUCCUAUGCCAUGGCUGAAGGCUUUAUAGAUGAUAAGGAUAAGAACAUUAGGAACUGGAGUGCUGAUGAGUGUCUAAUACUCGGUCUGAUGUAUCUAUUCCUAAGAAAUUACAAUCAAUCGGAGCAUUGGUUGCAAUUGGCUCUCGUUUAUUACGAGAAUUAUCUUAGUCCUGAGGAGCUCAAAAUUAAACUUUGGAACUACCCGAAUCUGUUGGAAUCCCUGGUGGAGGCCAACAAGGGUCUUGGCCGUUAUUUGGAAGCUAAAAAGUAUGCGAACGAACUGCUUUCCAUCAAUCCCAAUCACACUUACAUGUUGACACAGCUGCCCAAGCUGAAAUAUUUGCAAUCGAAUCCGCCCAAACUGGCGAAACCGAAGAAGGAAUUCCAGCUCCAGAAAGCAAUAUGCUCCAAACGCUAUCGGAGGAAAUCAGGAGUCCUUGUAUGUCGUUAUGUGGAUUGGACACCAUUCCUGAAACUGGCACCUUUAAAAAUGGAGGAGUUGUCUAUGGAAACGCAUAUAAGUAUUUUUUACGGAGUCCUAAGACAAAAGGAUAUUGAUGAAUUAAAGAAUGUAUCCAGACCAAAACUUCAACGAAUCGAGCACUUAUCAGGGAAUUGCAGUUGUAAAAUCGGAAAUCUUUCCAGUUCUUCACAUGAUGUUGUACGCAAAGUGAAUGAAUUGAUCCUGGAUAUUACUGGAUUUCCAUCGAAGGGAAAUCAAAUGCUAGAAGUCAUAAAUUAUGGUAUUGCUGGGAACUACAAUCCGGAUGACACUGCAAGGCCCAGGAAACAAAACAAAGCAAAUGCUUUAAUAUUUUUGGACAAUGCUGAAAGGGGCGGAGAAAUAGUUUUCCCUUCUCGUCAUCUAAAAGUCAGACCUCGAAAGGGUUCGAUGUUAGUUUGGAUGAAUCUCGAAAGGAGUGUUAUUUAUCAUCAGUGUCCAAUUUUAAAGGGAAAUAUGUGGGUGGCUAACAAAGUGUUAAACUGACAUUUGUACUUCAUAAUUUAUGUACUUUUGAAGUUUCUGAGUUAUUACGAAUAUCUGCAAGAUAUAUUUUUUAUUGAUAUGGGUUUCAUACAACGAAUACGUACACUUUACGAAUUUCAAAAUAUAUUUUCCUACUUACUGAAGUACUUAUUAAUUUAGAAUACAAUCUUAAAU